UACGUGUGCUGUCCACAUGUGCUUCUGCCAGAGUGGUGAAAAGGGCCCGGGUUCACGGUGUUUGCAGAGUUAGGUAGGGCACGGAGAGCGGAAUUUGGUGGUCCAGAAGGUCCGGAAAGAGACGUUCCAGUUUUUACUCUGUCCCCAGACCGAGUGACACUCCCCCCGUUUCACCAUGGGCAAGAAGGGCAAGGUCGGGAAGAGCCGGCGGGACAAGUUCUAUCACCUGGCGAAGGAGACCGGUUACCGCUCCCGUUCCGCUUUCAAGCUGAUCCAGUUGAAUCGCCGCUUUCAGUUCCUGCAGAAAGCUCGAGCCUUGUUGGACCUGUGUGCUGCGCCAGGGGGAUGGUUGCAGGUGGCUGCUAAGUUUAUGCCUGUAUCCAGCCUUAUUGUAGGAGUGGACCUGGUUCCAAUCAAGCCUCUUCCCAAUGUGGUGACACUCCAGGAGGACAUCACGACAGAACGCUGUAGACAGGCCCUGAGAAAGGAACUGAAGACCUGGAAAGUUGAUGUUGUGCUCAAUGAUGGGGCCCCCAACGUUGGGGCUAGCUGGGUCCAUGAUGCUUACUCACAAGCCCAUUUGACACUGAUGGCUCUGCGUUUGGCUUGUGAUUUUCUGGCCCGCGGAGGCUGCUUUAUCACAAAGGUUUUUCGUUCCCGUGACUACCAGCCUCUACUCUGGAUCUUUCAGCAACUCUUCCGCCGUGUCCAGGCCACUAAGCCCCAAGCCUCUCGACACGAAUCUGCAGAGAUCUUUGUUGUUUGCCAAGGAUUCCUGGCUCCUGACAAGGUUGACAGUAAAUUCUUUGACCCCAAGUUUGCCUUCAAGGAGGUUGAAGUUCAGGCCAAGACUGUUACUGAGCUGGUGACUAAGAAGAAGCCAAAGGCUGAGGGUUACGCUGAGGGCGAUCUCACACUCUACCACCGUACUUCAGUCACGGACUUCCUCCGAGCUGCCAACCCUGUUGACUUCCUCUCGAAAGCCAGCGAAAUCUCACUGGAUGAUGAAGAGUUGGCCCAGCAUCCAGCUACCACUGAGGACAUCCAGGCGUGCUGUCAGGAUAUCAAAGUGCUGGGGCGCAAGGAGCUCAGGUCCCUCCUGAACUGGAGAACAAAGCUCCGGCGAUACAUGGCUAAGAAGCUGAAGGAGCAAGCGAAGGCCCUGGACAUCAGCCUCAGUUCGGGAGAGGAAGAGGAGGAAGAGGGUGAGGAGGAGUCUAAGGCUGGAACUGGGCAGCAGCUCUCUAAGGAGGACGAAGAGGAGGAACAAUUAAACCGGACCCUGGCGGAGAUGAAGGCGCAGGAGGUGGCCGACUUAAAGAGGAAGAAGAAGAAGCUGCUGCGUGAGCAGAGGAAACAGCGGGAGCGUGUGGAGCUGAAGAUGGAUCUUCCUGGGGUUUCUAUUGCAGAUGAGGGGGAGACUGGCAUGUUCUCCCUGCGCACCAUCCGGGGUCACCAGCUGUUGGAGGCGGUCACCCAAGGGGAUAUGAGCGCUGCAGACACGUUUCUGUCCGAUCUGCCAAGAGAUGACAUCUACGUGUCCGAUGUUGAGGACGACGACGAUGACGCAUCUCUGGAGAGUGACCUGGAUCCAGAGUUGCUGGCUGGAGUUGGAGGAUCUCAGCAUCUAAAGGACCAGAAGUGGUACGUAGGGGACUGUGCAAGCAGAGGCCUUGACGCCCUCGGCAUGAGCCCUGAAGCAGAGCUGGGCAUAGGGGUCGCCAGAGGGAGUUGGAGAGCAGGUCCCCCAGCCCCUACCCACUGUCCUUGGGUCUACAGUGUACAAUUUGCUGAAGUAGAAGAUGAUAACAAAGAAGAGGAGGAAGAGAAUCCACUGCUGAUACCGCUGGAGGAAAAGACGGUAGCGCAGGAAGAGCAGGCCAGUCUGUGGUUCUCUAAGGAUGGCUUCAGUGGGAUCGAGGACGAUGCCGACGCGGCGCUGGAGAUCCGGCAGGCCCAGCUCCUGUCUGAGAGCCGUCGGGAGGCACGACGGCAGGAGCCCCCCCCGCCUCCCAGUCUGAAGACUGAGAAGAAACCUCCCCAGCACCGGGACAAAGACCCCAAGGGGCCAGAGGCUCUAGCAGCAGCCAAGACGGGCCCGGGGCCCGGCGAGGAAGGGGACGGCAGCUCGGACAGCGACAGCGACAGCAGCAGCGACGAAGAAAGUUGGGAACCCAAGCGCGGGAAGAAGCGAAGCUGCAGGCCUAAGUCCGAUGACGACGGGUUUGAGAUUGUGCCUAUCGAGGACCCAGCGAAACAUCGGGUACUAGAUCCUGAAGGCCUGGCCCUGGGUGCUCUCAUUGCCUCUUCCAAAAAGGCCAAGCGGGAUCUCAUAGAUGACUCCUUCAGCAGGUACGCAUUUAAUGAGGAGGAGGGGGAGCUUCCUGAGUGGUUUGUGCAAGAGGAAAAGCAGCACAGGCUCCGGCAGCUGCCUGUUGACAAGAAGGAGGUGGAACACUACCGCAGACGCUGGCGGGAGAUCAACGCGCGGCCCAUCAAGAAAGUAGCUGAGGCGAAGGCCAGAAAGAAACGGAGGAUGCUUAAGAAGCUGGAGCAAACCAAGAAGAAGGCAGAGGCUGUGGUGAACACCGUGGACAUCUCAGAACGCGAGAAAGUAGCUCAGCUUCGGAGUCUCUACAAGAAGGCCGGGCUCGGCAAGGAGAAACGCCAAGUCACCUAUGUGGUAGCCAAAAAGGGCGUGGGCCGCAAAGUGCGCCGGCCAGCCGGGGUCCGAGGCCACUUCAAGGUGGUGGACUCAAGGAUGAAGAAGGACCAAAGAGCACAGCAAAGGAAAGAGCAGAAGAAAAAACACAGACGGAAGUGAGCAGAGCCACCAGGGCCCCUGAGAAGACAGCGUGAGGACAUGGAGGUGUGAUUCCGGCCCCCCUGGUACCAGCUAUAGGCUUCCUUGUGUCGGAGUUUGCUGGGAAGACAGGUGGGGUGCCUAGAACUCUCGCGGUGGUCCUGCGGGGUGAGGGAAGAUGUUCCUCUGCCUGAAGGAAGGUCUUGGGCCAUGUCCUGUUGAUGCUGCUGUUGGCACCCCCCACCGGCCCCAAGCUCUCUUGUUCGGGACGUGGAGACUAGAUGAGCAGUCUCCUGAGGGGAAGGUCGGCGUCAGAGUGGCAGUCACUCUCUGGGCAAGCUGGCCUCUCAGGCCUCCCCCAUCCUCUUCUGUUAUCUGAAUAAAAUCAGGGUAGUAUUUUUCUGACUUUUAGUUCCCAAUUCCCAUUAAGCGCUAACUCAAGACAGCUGGGUGUUCACACCACGCACUGUUAAAAAUCAUAGUAUAUACUCACUGUGAAGUAGAAAUGACAAACAAUCCACAGGUCCCAGUAGUAAAACAUUUACUAGAGCAAGCAGAAAGGAAUGCACAUCUUAAAGAAACCUUCACAAAGUCACAAAAUUCGAAGUAUGUAUAUUUCUUUUCCUUUUAUAAACAAGAUAGA